AUGGCUGUAAGUCUAUUCAUGUUCUUUCUCAUUGUUGUUUCACACAACUUAGUGCAGAUGAUGCCACCUACACUCGCUCUAGCUUUCAAUUCAGAGGGUGACAAGCUAGCUUUACUUGCUUUGAAGCAUAAGCUUACCAAUGGAGUGCCUAAUGCUCUUCCAUCAUGGAACAACUCUUUGCAUUUCUGUGAGUGGCAGGGUGUUACAUGCGAACAUCGCCACAUGAGAGUCUCUGUCUUGCACUUAGAAAAUAAAAUCUGGGGUGGCAUUCUUGGACCAUCUUUGGGAAAUCUAACCUUCCUCACAACCCUCAUUCUUUCCAACAUCAACUUGUAUGGGGAAAUUCCCACACAAAUUGGUCGACUAAAGAGGUUGCAGCUUCUUGACUUGAGUCAGAACAAUCUAAAUGGUCAGAUUCCUCUACACCUUACAAACUGCUCUAACCUGGAAGUCAUUAAUUUGAUGGAAAAUAAACUCACUGGAGAAGUUCCCUCCUGGUUUGGAAUUGGAUCCAUGACACGGCUAAAUAAGUUGCUUCUAGCUGCCAAUGAUCUAGUUGGUACCAUCCCACCUUCUUUGGGGAAUCUUUCAUCCCUUCAAAAUAUCUCGCUUGCAGGAAAUCAUUUGGUGGGAAGUAUACCACAUGUUUUGGGUCGGUUGUCAAAUUUGAAAAAGCUGAAUCUUGGUUUAAAUAGUUUGUCAGGAUUAGUCCCUAAUUCUCUUUAUAAUCUUUCCAAUAUUCAAAUUCUUUCUCUCGCGGAAAACCAGUUAUCUGGUAUUCUUCCAUCACAAAUGCAACUUGCUUUUCCAAAACUUCUAGCGUUCUUGGUUGGAGUGAACCAGUUCAGUGGAACAUUCCCCUCUUCAAUAUCCAACAUCACCGGAUUGCAAGCGUUUGAUAUCUCCUCCAAUGGUUUUAGAGGGCCAAUUCCUCCCAUUUUCGGAAGCUUAAAUAAUUUUCAGCUGCUACACAUUGCUUACAAUAGUUUUGGAAGUGGGAAAGGUCGCGAUUUGGAUUUCCUUUCAUCAUUAACAAAUUGUACUCAACUGCGCACACUUAUUUUGGAUGGCAAUGGAUUUGGUGGUCAGGUGCCAGGUCUUAUCGGCAAUUUUUCUACCUACCUGAGAACUCUUAGUAUGGGAUUGAAUCAAAUAUCUGGAAUGAUACCUGAAGAAAUUGGACAGCUUAUUGGUUUAAUCGACUUCGUCGUGGCAGAUAAUUAUCUAGAGGGAACUAUUCCAGAUUCGAUUGGAAGGCUUAAAAAUCUAGGAAGACUGGUCCUGCAAGGAAACAAAUUGUCAGGUAAUAUUCCUACGACCAUUGGCAAUCUUACUAUGUUGUCUGAACUUUAUUUGAACACAAAUGGGUUCGUUGGAGGCAUUCCAUUAAGUCUCAAAUACUGCACGAAAAUGCAGACAUUUGGUGUUUCCACCAACAAUUUAAAUGGAAAUAUACCUAAUCAAACAUUUGGCAAUUUUGAAGGUUUGGUAGAACUUGGCUUAUCUUACAAUUCUUUCACUGGUUCCAUACCUUCAGAGUUUGGAAACUUGAAGCACCUUUCCCUAUUAUAUCUUCAAGGAAACAAAUUGUCUGGUGAAAUGCCCAAAGAGCUUGGUGCCUGUUCCGGGUUAACAGAGCUUGUGUUGCAGAGUAACUUCUUCCGAGGAAGCAUACCUUCGUUCUUGGGCUCUUUAGGAUCCCUUGAAUUCCUCGACCUUUCUAACAACAGCUUCUCAAGCACAAUCCCUGUCGAAUUACAAAACUUAACUUACUUAAUUACUCUGAACUUCUCUUUUAACCAUCUUUAUGGUGAGGUUCCCACAGGAGGUGUCUUUAAUAAUGUUACAGCAAUUUCACUCAUUGGAAAUAAGGAUCUCUGUGGAGGAAUACCUCAACUGAAGCUUCCUGCAUGUUCUAAGUUGCCUUCAAAGAAACACAAGUGGUCUUUUAGAAAGAAACUCAUCCUCAUCAUUGCAAUUGUCGUUGGAGUGGAUCUCAUAGGCAAUUUUUCUACUCACCUGACAACUCUUAGUAUGUGGUCGAAUCGAAUAUCUGGAAAGAUACCUGAAGGAAUUGGGCAGCUACUCAGUUUAACCGACUUCAUCAUGGUAGAUAAUUAUCUGGAGGGAACUAUUCCAGAUUCAAUUGGAAGGCUUAAAAAUCUAGUAAGAUUGGCCCUGCAAGAAAAUAAAUUGUCUGGUAAUAUUCCUAAUUGCAUUGGCAAUCUUACGAUGUUGUCUGAACUUUAUCUGCACACAAAUAGAUUUGUUGGAGGCAUUCCAUUAAGCCUCAAAUAUUGCAUGCAAAUGGAGUCAAUUGGUGUUUCCACCAACAACUUGAAUGGAGAUAUCCCUAAUCAAACAUUUGGAAAUUUGGAAGGUUUGGUAGAACUUGACUUAUCUUACAAUUCUUUCACUGGUUCCAUACCUUCAGAGUUUGGAAACUCGAAGCACCUUUCCGUAUUAUAUCUUCAAGGAAACAAAUUAUCUGCUGAAAUGCCCAAAGAGCUUGGCGCCUGUUCCGGGUUAACAGAGCUUGUGUUGCAGAGUAACUUCUUCCGCGGAAGCAUACCUUCAUUUUUGGGCCUUUUAGAAUCCCUUGAACUCCUAGACCUUUCUAACAAUAACUUCUCAAGCACAAUUCCUUUUCUGCUUAGUAGUGGAAUUUUGCGGUUCAAUAAUGAAAGAGGCUUUGGAAAUAAAGAACUUGAGAUAGAAUAA